UAUGGGUAACCGACUAUUUCGCUACCAAGUGCACCUGCUCCAGGUGAACACCCACCUCUCCGAGGAGGGGGGGUGUCUUUAGAAUGGAACGCAGUAAUAAUUUCUUGCUCGCUCACUCACUUCCAGCGGUGGGAGAGGCUUUUCCAGCGAGGGCUUUAGUGUGGGUGUAUCUUAGCGUCCUGGAAGCAUGAAUAAUCCUAUACCCUCCAAUUUGAAGUCGGAAGCAAAAAAGGCAGCUAAGAUUUUGAGAGAAUUUACAGAAAUAACAUCUAGAAGUGGUCCUGACAAGAUCAUACCUGCCCAUGUAAUUGCCAAAGCAAAAGGCCUUGCCAUCUUGUCUGUUAUCAAGGCUGGAUUUUUGGUAACUGCUCGAGGAGGCAGUGGAAUUGUAUUGGCUCGCCUGCCUAAUGGAAACUGGUCAGCUCCAUCUGCCAUAGGGAUAGCUGGCCUUGGUGGUGGAUUUGAAAUCGGAAUUGAGGUAUCAGAUCUUGUGGUAAUACUGAACCAUGAAAGAGCAGUAGAAGCUUUUGCAAAAGGUGGCAAUCUUACUUUGGGAGGAAACUUUACAGUCGCAAUUGGGCCUUUAGGGAGAAAUCUAGAAGGUGAUGUAGCCUUGAGAAGCUCUGCUGCUGUCUAUACUUACUGCAAAUCUAGAGGGCUAUUUGCAGGCGUGUCUUUAGAAGGAAGUUGCUUAAUUGAAAGGAAAGAAACUAACAGCAAGUUCUACUGUCAGGAUAUUCGAGCUAGUGCCAUUUUGUAUGGUGAUAUACCUCCUCCUCUUCAAGCGCAGGACCUUUAUGAUAUCCUUGAGUCUUUUACCCUGCAGUACGAAACUCAGGAGGGGAGAAGCUAUGCUUGGACGGCAGUAACAAGGGAACCCAAAAAGGUCAACGAGCCUUUCUCAAAGCGACAGUUAUGCAGGACUCCAGCAAACUCUGCAACAGAAGCUGUAAGAAAACCAAACAGACUUUACCCUGAGCUUCCCAGUUACUCUGCCGCCAUGGGAAACUCGAAGACCAAUCCUGCAGUCGUUACAGCAAUAUACGCAUUUGAAGGACAGCAGCCAGGCGACUUGACUUUCAGUGCUGGAGACAAAAUCAAGGUCACAGUGAAAACAGAUUCACAGUUUGAUUGGUGGGAGGGAAGCUUACAAGGCAGGACUGGCAUUUUUCCCGCUAAUUAUGUCGACAUGAACUAAAGCACAUUAACUGACCUUUUCCUUUUGUCUAAACACUUUAUUUUAAAUAUGCAAAAGAUUAUUAAUAAUUUGUAUUUGGCUUGAUCCAGUAGAGUUUUGGCCAAUGCAAAGCAAUCCCAUAGGGAGCUCUGUUUUCCUGACCUUACCUCGCCCACCCGCAGCAAGUAUACGGGUGUACAUGCAGGCAGCCCAUGAGGGCAUUGCUGAGAAUGGGAGGAUUGUAUGUGCCACCUAAACCACCAAUUUGUGAACCCUGGAAGGCCUAGGCUGUUGAUGUGAGAGAUGCACAUGGGGUUUUGUUCCUUUCAGUGCUCCCCUGUGCUGUCUUGCACUCAGGUUCUGUUGAGACUUGUUAGGCUACUCAGUGUGAGGUCCUAUGCCCUUGGUCUACUGGAUCAAGACCUAUAUUUUUACAGAUUGUUUUUUAAUUAAAAUAAUACUUUCAGAAUUUUUUGUGUUUAAUAUUUUUCAUAUAACUUAAUUGGUAUUAUGGAAACUAAUCAGAAUGAGCCGCAGCAGAGAUGCUAAAUUUAAUGUCAUAUGUCUUUGUACAUAAUAUUUUCCACUAAUGAUGUCUAAUAAAAUCUAUAAAAUGUU